CACUUUGAAUAUCCCCAUCGUCACAAUGUUGUCAGCUUCCUUCAGGACAUCCAGUAGGUUAAUCAUACGUCCUCUUUCAACCAGCACAAUCAAAUUCCAAAACACCACACAAAAGUUGGCAUCGGAACCAGUUGAUGCUGCAGAAGAAGUAACCAAACAAGACCAAUCAUGGAAUGACCUUUAUGCUGAAAAUUUUCAAGGAACAAACUUGCAAGAAGAUGAAGUUGUGUUUACUCCUCUUUCUGUGCAAGAGCAAGAACCUCCGGUGCAAAUUUCCAAUGAAUUUACCCGAAAAUUCCCUCAUGGUCACACAUACAAUCCAUUCCACUUCAGUAUGGAUAGAUUACAUAUGGAAAGAGGAAUGAGAAGUACUCAACGUGAAGAUCCAUUCGAAAGAUGUGGAAUGAACCCAAGAAAUCUUUACAUGAUGCCAGAAGUAUUAUCUAAGUUUAUUACUUCAACUGGUCAAAUUUUACCUAGAUCAAAAACUGGAUGUAGUGCCAAGAAUCAAAAGUUGUUGAGCAAUGCCAUUAAAACUGCUAGAUCCAUUGGUGUGUUAUCUAGUGUGCAUAGGCAUCAUCGUCACAUGCCACAAAGAAACUUUUAAUGUGGUGAUAUGCUGUAAAUAAUUAAUGUAAAUAGAAUCAAUUAAUAUUGACAAUUAG